GCUCUCCGUCGAACGUUCACUCGCCGCGUCUGCUUUCCUCGUAAACAAACGACCAUGUGAGGCGAAACUCGAUGCGGAAAAUCGAGGUUUGAACGAGCCCUUAAGAGAGUGGAGACUAUAAAUAUAUAGCGAGUGAACCGGAAAGAUAAGAAUUCGGAGUAAACGAGAUCAGAAUGCGUACGAAAAUAUGAGGAAAUGUAAAACGAGCGAAUCGCGAAAUCGCGUCACGAGCUUCCCCGGUUCCUCUCAGCGCCAGAUUAUUUCUCUCAGUUUCACCAAACUUCUCUGUUAUUUUGCUUCUUCUUUUGGCUCUCGGAUCACUGGUACAGCGCUGCAGUGAUCGCUCGAAUGAUCGAGAGUCCAAUUGCUUUAAAUGUCCCGAUCGUUCUGCGAUUAAUUAUCGGAAAAGCAAUCGAUGUUUUGCGGAAGUGCUCUUCGGCGUCGUCGCCUUUCCAUCGCAAAUUACAUCACUUAGGACGAUCUCGAAAUGAUGUCCUUGAGCAAUGUCACGCUAUAAACGUUAAUCUCAUUUUAUUUGGAUUUGAGACGACGUCGACUGCAGACAAAGGAAUCGCGUUUCAAGCGAGUGAAUAAAUAUAGAAAUGGAUUGGUUGCGGACUCGCGGAGAGUUGAAGGUGCCAACGUGUUUUUAUUACGAGGAAAUAUCAUUACGAGAAAAGUUAUAAUGUCGGCUGUGAGAUGAAAGUGCAUUAAAUUUUUCUCGAAGCCGGUCGCGUUCCGAGUUAUUUUCACCGCGAGGGAGGUAAACUCAUUUGAUAACUCGGGAAUGAGAUACAAAGUGCGGUGUAGGAAAAGUCAGAGAGAUCGAGUACGAUUCGAUGGGAGAAAAUGGAUUAUCGAUGGCGCUUGAGGAAAAAUCCCGUGGAAAAAAUAUACGACGAGUAGUACUGCGAGGAGCGAAGUUGCCUUUGAAAAUAAGGGGAAAUUCGGGGGACUGGAAUGUACCGAAGUCCGAAUAAACAGCCGGAAAAAGAAUCAAAUUAUAAAAUCAUAUUACCGGAGAGACUGGCACGAGAAAGGGAUGACGAUGGCACUUUGGAAGGCGGCAACAACUAGUAAAAAGUGUGAAAACUCGUUAACUAAAAAGAGCCUCGUCCUUUGUUAUUCGAAGGAGAAGAAAACCGGUCCUGACACUCCGCUCGCAGAAAAAACUGUUCCUAACUCUUUAAUGGAAGAAAAAAUCUGCCUCGCCUCGGUGACGGGACACAGAACAGUGCCAAAUUCGUUAAUGGAAGAAAAUACAGUUGGUGCUCUUUCGAUGAUAAAGAAACGCCGCGAUCCUUUUUCGUUACCUUCGCUAAUUAUUUUUCGCCUGACAUCCCUCCUCUUGUUUUUGUGUGUCCUCCAUUGUGCUGUGUUAUUCGCGAAUGCCUCGCACCCUCAGACUCCCGGUUUGACCAUCCACCAACGUCGUACAAGAGGAGUCGUCAAAUUGGCCGUUAUCGCACCCGCCGAUCCACACCACGAGCAAAGCCUACCGAGGAUUUUACCCGCUGUCAGUCUUGCCGUUAAAGCCGUUAUAUCGCCCAAAGGCCCUUUGCCCGGAUGGAUUAUAAUCGUUAACCAUCGGGACUCCCAAUGCUCCAGCACUUACGGCUCACUCGCUGCCUUUGAUUUCUACAUCAAUCGUACAGCAGACGCUUUUUUGGGACCCGUAUGCGAUUACGUGAUCGCCCCAGUAGCGAGAUACGCGGGUGCAUGGGGAAUACCGGUACUGACGGCAGGUGCUCAGGCAGACGCGUUUCGUCAUAAAGGCGAGCAUUAUCCGACACUGACGAGAAUGAUGGGCUCUCAUCGUCUGGUAGGCGAGGCGCUGAGGCACAUAUUGCAAGGAUUCGGUUGGACAACCGCAGGUCUUCUUUAUCACAAUCACGCGAUCGAGAGCAGUCGCGGAAACUCCGAAUGCCACUUCACUCUCAGUGCGGUGUUUACAGCACUCAACCAGACACCGAUCCACCGGAGCUUCAACCAGGAAACGACCAGCCUCCAAGACUAUCGAAAGCUACUCACCUUUGUUUCUCAGUCUGCCAGGAUCGUUGUCAUGUGUGCCAAUGCUACGACGAUAAGAGAAAUAUUGUUGGCAGCUGAAGAGCUUGGGAUGGUUGACUCCGGAGAGUACGUUUUCUUCUCCAUUGAGCUCUCGUCCAGCGACAACAAUUCGAAAGAACCGUGGCACGUUGAGACUGAUACCGACGACAGAAAUGAGAAAGCCCGAAAAGCUUAUCAGUCGCUGCUGACCGUAACCGCACGCACGCCGGACAAUCAGGAGUACUUGAAUUUUUCACGAGAGGUUAAAUCCCUCGCGGAGAGCAAAUACAAUUUCACAUUUGGCAAUAGCUCCGUCUCGACAUUUGUGACCGCAUUUUACGAUGCGGUGUUACUUUACGCCCUCGCACUCAAGGAAAGUUUGCCCGAAAGACCCGGAGAUAUUAAUUUGGAUGGUGGUAACCUGACCAGGAGGAUGUGGGGUAAAAGCUUUAAAGGAAUAACUGGAGACGUAAACAUUGACGAAAACGGGGAUAGGAUAGCCGACUAUUCGCUGUUGGACAUGGAUCCGGAAACGUCGAAAUUCGAGAUCGUCGCUAAUUAUUAUGGAGCAAAUAAGACGCUGGAGUACGUGCCCGGAAAGCGUAUACAUUGGUCCGGAGGAAGGCUCGAGCCACCGCCCGAUACUCCAAAGUGCGGAUUCGAUGGUUCUCUCUGUCCCGAUAAUUCUUUGCCUGGUUACGCGAUACUAUCGAUUGUCCUGAGUUCCAUCGUGGUCGGACUCGUCGUUGUCUCUGUCAUCAUAUAUCGACACUACAAGCUGGAAGCGGAAAUUGCGUCGAUGACGUGGAAGGUCUAUUGGGAAGACGUUAAAGUCGUUACAAAUGGCAAGACGAGGGGUUCUAUGUAUUCGUUGACGAUGAAUAAACCACGUGGCAGUCAAUUGUCGGUCUAUUCGGAUGAUAACAUCAGCUUGCCCGGUGGAGUCGACAGAAACGUCUACAUACUAACCGGAAUUUACAAGAAUUCUAAAGUGGCCAUAAAGUUGAUACCGAGGAACAAAGUGGAGAUCUCUCGCCCUCUGCUUCUCGAAUUGAAAAGGAUGAAGGACUUACAACACGACCAUCUCGUGCGAUUCUAUGGUGCUUGCGUCGAUCCACCGCACUGUUGUCUUCUCACGGAGUAUUGUCCCAAAGGAUCAUUACAGGAUAUACUGGAAAACGAGCAGAUUAAGCUUGAUCGUGUUUUCCGGGGUUCCCUCAUUCACGACAUAGUACGAGGGAUGGUUUACCUUCAUGGUUCCGAAGUCCGGAGCCAUGGCAAUUUGAAAUCGUCGAAUUGUGUUGUCGAUUCGAGGUUCGUACUGAAAAUCGCUGAUUUCGGUCUCCACGAACUGAGGAAGCCCAGUCCCUGUGAUCUCGACGAAGAAAAGGACAGUUAUGCACAUUGGAGAAAACAGCUCUGGACCUCUCCCGAGCUAUUAAGGAUGGAGAGAGCCCCGCCAGAGGGUACUCAGAAAGGGGAUGUCUAUAGCUUUGCAAUAAUCGUCCACGAGAUCGUGAUGCGCCAAGGCCCGUUCUACUUGGGCGAGGACCGUGACUUUUCGCCGAAGGAAAUAGUGGAGGGUGUAAAAAGGGGAGGAGGCUCGCCCCUUAGGCCCGUGAUCGAUGAGGCCGUAGUCGAAGAGCAGGUUGCAACCCUAAUGCGACGAUGCUGGGCACAAGAUUCAGCGGAUCGACCAGACUUUCCAGCACUCAAGCAGACCAUUCGGAAAAUCAACAAAGAUUACGAAAGCAGCAAUAUCCUCGAUAAUUUACUGUCGCGAAUGGAGCAAUAUGCGAACAAUUUGGAAACUCUUGUGGCCGAACGAACAGCUGAUUAUCUCGAAGAGAAGCGCAAGUGUGAGGAGUUGCUGUAUCAGCUUUUGCCCAAAUCCGUUGCUUCGCAGUUGAUAUUAGGCCAGAGCGUAAUAGCCGAGACCUACGACCAGGUGACAAUCUACUUCAGUGAUAUCGUCGGUUUCACGAGCUUGUCGGCAGAAAGUACGCCUCUUCAAGUGGUCGAUCUACUGAACGAUCUUUACACCUGUUUCGACUCAAUAAUCGAAAAUUUCGACGUGUACAAGGUUGAAACGAUAGGAGACGCUUACAUGGUGGUUUCUGGAUUACCUAUGAGAAAUGGUAUGAACCACGCCAGGGAAAUCGCCCGAAUGGGACUCGCGCUGAGAGAGACUGUCAUGACAUUUAGCAUUCGUCACAGACCGACCGAACAACUGAAGCUUCGCAUUGGCAUGCAUUCCGGACCUUGCGUGGCUGGCGUCGUUGGCCUGAAAAUGCCGAGGUACUGCCUCUUCGGGGACACGGUCAACACCGCAUCGAGGAUGGAGAGCAACGGCGAAGCUUUGAAAAUUCACGUCAGUCCUACUACGAAAGAGAUUCUGGAUACUUUUGGAACUUUCGACUUACGAUGCAGGGGCGAGGUCACACUGAAGGGUAAAGGAAAAAUGACGACGUACUGGUUGGUCGGUGAGAAACCGAUAAAUAACAACGUCCAACGGAUGGACGUGACGAGCGAUGAGCAACCGAUAAUGUCGUCAGCUCAACGUCAAGCUUCUUUGAUACAACAGCAGCUGUGUACGUCACAGAAUUCAAGUCAGGCUUGCAAUCCCCGUAGUUUAAUGACCGGAAAUGGGGCGCCUCCUGGACACACUUUGGCUAAUAAUUCGGGGGGGUGCAUUUCGCCCUCGCAUCAGAGAACUCCUGAGACCGGGGUGAGCGGAAAUUCGGUCCAUCAGAUACAUCAACAGAUUCAUCAAAGUGAUAACGUUCCGAAUCGGGCGGACACUGCUCCAAACGCACCUCUUUUGCUGCCCGCCGGUUCCAUCCCUCGGGCUUAACUGUCCAUGAAUUUCUAAUCAAAAUCCUUCCUCAAUUUAAAUAUUUGCCACACGAAGUUGUACAAUCAACGUCAUUUUUUCGCAGCGUAGCAUUUCCCUUUUUCGAGAUAAUUAAUGCGAUCCAGUUGCGUGGGAUUGAUGACUAAUUUCUCGAAUGAUUUUACAAUACUGUUAACUUAUUUACCAGAGUAGCAGACUGAUUGACCUAUGCGAUAAUGGAACGUAAUGAUAGAUUUAGUAUUGCAGUCGUAACCAAAAUGAAAUACGAGUGAUAUCAAUUGCCAAUAAAGAUCAUUUUAUUACUUAAGAUCCAAGAAAUUAUUUUCAACGUUUAUCGAAUGUUUCUGUUCUUUCGAUUCCACUGGGUCGUAUUAAUUAGCUCGAAACUCAGGUCCCACGCGACGGAUACACAAAUGACUCCUUUCUCGGUACUUCAGAUGAAGAAAUAACGAACCAGAGCAUGAUUAGUGGCAUCCGAAUACGCCGAUUUUACUCACUGGCUCUAGCGGAUUUCGUUGACCAAUUGAAAAUCGCUCUUUAUUAUUGUUCGCGUAGAAUCAAAAAAGCUCACUUUUUAGGGUGAACGAGAGUGCGAGAAUGAAAAUAAAUGUCUGUAUAUAUGUGCAUAUACGGAGUGCAUUUAAAUCGUGUCCAGGGUCCAGUUCAGUUUGGUCGUAAAACUUUAUAAAGGAACAUCCUCGGUUAUACUUUAUGUCUGCUGGAUUGGCUGUAUUAAAAUAAUGAAGAUCCGAGAAACGAUGCACCAGAAAUAAACCGCUCUCGAAAAUAUGUAUUUUCAAAAUUUCACGAUCUAUUUACCUCGUGAAGAUCAUUUACGAUUUACCGGAUGAGCUGCGUACAUACAGGAUGUCUCAGAACUUCUAGAUUCUAUGAAUAAGUAAAUUUCAUUAUUUUCUUUCUCAGUGUGGAAGCUAAAAAAGAGACAAUUUGAGCUUUUUCACUCGAGGAAAGUGAUUUUUUUCCACACAUUUGUUAUGGAAUCAAUAUCACGAAGAAGGGCGAGCCCAAUCGUUAUUGCACAAAUGAGUUUAUUUUUUUUCUUUCUCUCUCUCUCUCUCUCUCUCAUUUUGUCGUUAUUGCUGUUUUAUUCGAUUAUUAUCGAAGUUUACAAUGAUGAUAUGCAGGUUCGCUAUAACAAUGCAUUCGCACAGUAUUAUAAAAAUAAUCAUGAAAAAAUAUUAAAAAUUAAGAAACACAGAAGACUCGCAUAUCUCGUGAGCACGAUGGUCAAAAUCAUUUUUUCACGCUGGCUCACGCGUACACCAGGGCAGGCAGCAGACGGAACGAAUCCUCUUUUGAGGUGAACUCCGGUUGGAUCGCUCUCAUACAAUAAUAUUACCAUUCUACCACACAAAAAUCUAUAUUUCAUAACAAAAUUACCAUUUAUUCACUAUAUUUUACACUUUAGAGAAACAACAUCAAUGGGUGGUUUAUCAAAAUAAGGAAAUAUUAGUUUCCAUAUGACAGAUCCGAAGACAAAAUAUUUUCAAACUAAUCGUAUUAUACCCCCCUUUUUAACGACGCUUACCCAACAUACUCAAUCUUUCGAUUCCAUCUUCAACGCAUCAUUAUCGUACUUACAUGCCAAUUAAUUUUUUCUUAACUUUUACUAUACACGACUCGAAUAUUAUCAAACAAAAUAUUUACUUCCUCAAGAUUCAUGAGCUUCCAUCGAUCAUCCACGAUAACCUUGUACAUGAAUUUCCCAACAGAGAUUUUACGCAACAGUUAUUCUUGUUAUUAUUAUUAUCAUUAUUAUUAUUGUCAAUCACUCACAUAGAAUAUGCAUAUGAAUGAAUACAUGAGUGGAGUAAUACAGAUUAGAACGUAUAAUAAAUAUCUCUACACGUACAGACACACACACAGACUCUUAUAUAUAUGUGUAUAUUUAUAUGCAUCUCCAUAUGUAAAGAUACAUGGAGGUGUGUAUAUCUAUCUGUAUGAUAGGAAAAUAUAAAAUAAUAAAGAUCGAUGUAUUAUAUUGACUGUUAGAUAUCGAGGCUGGGCCUCCUCUAAGGGCAGUGCAAUUGCAUGUCUCUCGUAUGUCCAAAGAAUCGUGUGCGAAUGUUCCGUGAGAUUAAUCUCAUAAUUAUGAAAUAAGAAAAUAGACGAGUAGUUUGUAUGGCUGUAGACAAUUUUAUCUGCGUGAAUGUGGGCGAAGUGUGAAUGAACUAGUGGAAAUAUAGGAGGAUAAAAAACGUUCGGACACACACAAUGCAAAUGGAGUAACGAGUGGUUGGUGAGAGCGUGAAGAUAUAAAACAUGUUCUAUUUAUGUCGAACGUACAUAAAACUCUUUUAACGAUGUAUAACGACGAAUAUUACGGAAAAUAAAGUUUAAUUGUUUUUGAAUA